ACACCAUAUUGGAACUCAAUGUUCUAGUUUCGAAAAUUCACAAAUCAUCGUGAAGAUUCGGUAAUUUCCGUAAUAUUAGUUUGGAAGAAUUGUUCAAAAUGUCGGCGCUUCGGUUUGUUUUGUUGCUUUCAGUUCUUGGAUCCGGAUUUUGCGAUUUGGGAGGUAUUCUGCAAAUCCACUAUCCGGAUAUCUCGAUUGAAACAGACGCAAAUGGAAAUAUUACUAUGCAGUCAGGCGCGGACGCCAGCGUGUACUUGAUACCGGGUCCCGGGGGCUCCGUGUUCUUCGACGGCGAGGACCUGCUCCACCUCAUCAAGGUGAUCAACGGUCUCCCACCCGUGUGGCGGGCUCACUCGCCGACUGGAUUCUACAAGACGGCGUUUGGAGGGGAUACGGUCUCCGUGAAACUGGAGGCAAUCGAUGCUGAAAACAACACAAUGUACUACAAGCUGGUUGCCGGCACGAUGCCACCAGGCCUGACCAUCCGUGGCGACGGCUACAUUGUCGGCCAGGUACCAGACGUUGAUGCUAUUUAUAGUUUCACCAUCCGGGCAAUCAACGUAAAUGAAAAGCACGCAGACGCCGUAUUUCGGAUGCAAAUAAUAGAGAGAAAUCAGUGUUUGCCUACGGACCCAUGUCAAAAUGGCGGCUUCUGUAUUGACCAAUCAGGUGACAUCCCGUACAAAUGCAUCUGCGAUCUAUCGUUCAGCGGAAUGAAUUGCGAGUUAUCGUGUCGAUCCAAUAGCCUCCAAAUCAACGACACGAGCGUCGUACCGGAAGCGAUGAUGUCGGCUUACCUCACCCAAGAGAACUUCACCGCCACCGAGGGGCGGCUUGGGAGCAGCGGCGGUGGUGGCCGGGGAUGGUGCGGCGCCAAUUCGUACGCCUGGCUGCAGAUUGACCUCGGGCGGGAGGCGCGAAUCUUUGGGGCCAUUAUUCAAAGCUACAGCAACGACUACUACACCGGAAGUUACUACAUUUCCUACAGCACCGACGGCAACAACUUCCGGUAUGUCGAGAACCAGAACGCAACGCAAAACGCCACUGCCUUUGCCACUUCCACUACAACCGCGCCGCGGACAUCGACUAGCUCACCUACAGCGGGCGGCAAGUUUACGUUUUCCGGCUCAACAAGUACAAGCCGGGCCACAGACUACUUGCCAGAGUUCGUCAUCGCUCGCUUUGUCCGCUUCCAUCCGGUCAGCUACAGUUCGAGCAAGUACCCCUGCAUGAGAGUGGACCUGCUCGGAUGCUUCGACCAGCCCAAACUGACCGGCACUUCGCCGUAAAUGAGGAAAAGAUGGGAAAUGCCACGUGGAAACACCUGACUUAAUGCGCAUGCGUAUAAUCGAAUCAAUGUUGACAGCCUUUGCAGUCCGCGCAGGUUAACCAUACAGACGACACCUUCCGCAUGCACUGGUUUUGUCAAAACAAAAAGUGACGUCAUUGAUUAACCUGCGAGUUCUGAACAGGCUGUUAUCGGGCGUUACUUACGCAUGUGAAUUAAGAAUCCUGUUUUCCCUAAAAUGUUUUCGAACUAUUUUGCAUUAAGUAUUGUAACCGCUAACCAUAAACGUUUCGUUCAUUAGGCAUUAGGGUUCCCCAUUAUUAUUUAAACAAGGUGGUUAGUAUAACAAAUUGAACUUAAAUUUAUUAUUUAAUAUGUGGUUUUAGUUUUGCAUCGCUCUAUGCGGAUUUAAAAAAUGCGAUGUUAUAUCGAAACAAAGCGGAAUAAAUAUUUAUGAUUGUUA